AUGUUUUCCAUAAAAAGGACAGGCGUCCUGUCAUGGGCUCUGACCAUUUCUAGCCUCAUCAAUACCAACAUACAAGUUCAGGCUUCGCCCUUGAAAGGCACCGUCAACAAAGAUGGCGCAGUUACCUAUCCCGGCGAGCAUAUCUCGUGGAUGCCGUGUGGCGACGCCGCCGGCCAUCUCAUGGAGUGCAGCUCCAUGAAGGUACCGAUAGAUCAGUUCAACAAGACGAAUUCGGGCGACAAGACGUUUAACCUCUCCGUGGUCCGUUUGCGUGGCAACAAUACAAACGGCGAUUCCAAGAACAUUUUAUAUAAUCCAGGAGGUCCUGGCGCGAGUGCUGUGGGGUAUUUGUAUGAGGUUGGUCCUCAGUUGAUAUCCAUCGUCGGAGAAGAUUUCAACAUCAUCACGUUUGAUCCCCGAGGCAUCAAUGGCUCUACCCCUAUUGGGUCUUGCUUUGCCACUCAAGACGUCCGCACGGCCAUGUACAAAGUGCCGUUGAACGAUCUGGUCACCGACGCUCCUUUCUAUGGCAGCUGGGCCCCUAACUUUGCCAAGUCAUGCUCCCAGACUUCUGGCGAGCAUGGCAAGUACAUCAACACGCCUCAAGUUGCCGCAGACAUGAACAGCAUCCUAGACGCCAUUGGACAGAAAGACAUGUGGUACUGGGGCCAGAGCUACGGCACGCUCCUCGGACAGACAUACGCUGGCCUUUUUCCCAACCGCACCGGACGCAUGGCAAUUGACGGUGUUGUCCAUCAGAAUGGGUGGUACAAUGAAACUUUCCAAUCGGAUUACAAGGACGGCAAGAGGGUAUUCUGGGGCUUUUGUGACGAGUGCAUCAAGGCUGGCAAAGAAGUGUGCCCCUUGGCUGCUCUGGCAGACAAUGCCGAUGAUCUUAACAAGGCCAUCGAAACCUUUGGCGCCAAGCUCAAGUCCAACGAGAUGGCCGUCUAUAUGAAUGCGACAAAGUUUGGUAGCGUUGGCUAUUCCUAUCUUUGGUAUAAUGGCAUCUCGCCUGCUCUUUACAAAUCCAUCGCUUUCCAGCCUCUCGCAUAUAUUCUCGCCGAAGCGAUGCAAGGCAAUGCUAGUCUAGCAUUCCAGGCAUACGGAGGAGCAUCGGCAUUGACCAAUCCAGUAUUACCGCCGGACGAAGCCAUUUACUUUUACCGUCUGAAUGACGGGCUUUCGGGAAGCAAGUUCUGGCCACAGGAUAACGAAGGCAUGAUCAACGUGCUCAAACCCUUUUACGAUGUGAAUCCCCUCACAUAUGCUGCCAAUUCGUUUUACUGGGCCAAGGGCCGGUGGCAGAUCCCGAAAACACACAACUACGCUCCAAAGCAGGGAGUUGAGACCAAGUAUCCGCUGCUGAUUUUGUCCACCCAGUAUGACCCGGUCUGCUCGUGGGAAUCGGCCAAUGGCGCAUUGUCGGACUGGGCCGGCUCGCGACUAGUUACGCUGGAUGCCUACGGGCAUUGCACAUUCUAUCAGCAUUCCGACUGUGCCAAUAACUAUGUCAAGGCAUAUUUCGUCAACGGCACGAUGCCCGCUCCGGGCGCGACUUGCCAGGCAGGCAAAGAUCAAUAUUUCCCUCCUGUCCCUCCAUCAUAG